AGGGCAUUGUCUUCUUUUAGUGGCUGGCGUUUGUUUUUCAUAUGGGGCACAAGAGCUUAACUGCACAUUUUGUUGGUGCUCCCCAAAAUAGAGAGCAAAACAACUUGUCCGAUAGUUAUUAUUGGAGUACUUUUGUCGAUAUGGUUUCAGGAGCUGUCGCAGGCUUCUGUGCAGACUUGACUGUUCAUCCUUUGGACACACUAAAAGCACGUUUUCAGUUCCAACACGGUGUCCAAGUAAGUUAUCAUGGAAUUGUCCACGCUUUCGUCACAGUGUUAAAAGAAGAAGGUGUUAGAAAAGGUUUAUAUGCAGGAGUUGGUGCUGUCUUGAUAGGCUCGAUUCCUUCCAAUGCAUUGACCUUUGCAGUUUAUGCCUCAACCAAACGUGCUUUAGAAGCACAUGGAAACUCUUUAGAAAAUGUAGUUUUGACCGAUCUGUUUGCUGGAGCAGCUGGGGAGAUAGCAGCGCUCACAACAUAUGUUCCUUGUGAAGUAGUUGCUAAAAGAAUGCAAACCGAAGCUAUGGGUCAUAGUCGCCAUUAUCGCUCAAUAUGGGACGCUUUUCGAGUCAUCACUCAAACCGAAGGUAUUCGAGGUCUUUAUACCGGACUAACACCGACCAUGUUGAGAGAUAUUCCAUUUACUUCUUUACAAUUUACAUUUUUCGAACUUUUGAAGAUGGCAACGCGUCGAUGGAAUCAGCGCGAACAUUUAUCUCAUAUAGAAACCUUAAACUUGGGAAUAAUUGCUGGUGGUUUAGCAGCUGCUAUGACAACUCCAUUUGAUGUUAUCAAGACGAGACUACAGACUCAACGAAUAGAACGACCCAAAUACAAAGGCAUCUUUCAUUGUAUCAUUUUAAUGAGUAAGGAGGAAGGCUUUCUAGCCUUUUUUAAAGGUAUGGUUAUGAGAGUGCUUUGGGUUGCUCCAGCAAGUGGAAUUACUUUGGGAAUAUAUGAAAAUUUAGUGCAUCGAUUGGAUAAGAGGAGAGGAGAACAGUCCAAUAUAGAAAAGCAGCUCGAAGGAAUUUUCUGAUGCAAUUGAAAACGUGGAGCAUAGGGCAAUG